AUUUAACGAAACAACUUACAAAUAUCAAAACAAAAAAGUGAAAUAUUUAUUUUGAUAAUUUUAAAUUUGUAAUUUUAUAAGCGGUUUACUAUUUUUAAAUAUGAUAAAUGUACUGUUUAAGCUUAACUGUGCUUUCUUAAGCUAUUGGUAGCUUAAUAAUUGCAAUAUAAAUAUAUGUAUAUCCACCAUAAUGGAUGCAAUUAUAACGUCGUCAUCAAGUUCAUUGGCGGGUAAUAUCAAGCAAGAAUCAAAUUCCAGUUCCUGUCAGGAUGAAGUUCAAUCCUCUGGAGGUACUGUUUCUACAACUUUACCAAUUUCUACUAUGCAAGGAAGAAGUCCUCAGUUUAAUAUUGCCGCCAAUAAAUUAAAAGCAAUGAUGGAAAAUAAAAUAAAAUUGGAAAAUGGUGAAUCGGUUUCUGAACUUUUGGGAUCAGUCAUAAUGGAUAGUUGUCAUGGUGUAAGGACAUCAGCGCGUGUUAUACAAAAAAUGAAAGAAAAUUCAGCUAGGCCAACAACUCCUCCUUUAACGGAGCGUGAAACUAAGGCGAAAGAAGAAAAAACUUUGCAGAAGACGCCUUCGCAAACCAAACCGAAUAAAGUGGUUUGGAGUAACCUAGAACGCAAUUUUUUUUUUGACGCAAUCAACGAAUUUGGAAAAGAUUUUGAAGCUAUUACAAACUACAUAAAUAUGAAAUUAAAGAGAAAAUGUCCAACUGAUCAAUGCUUUAAAACAAAAGAACAAAUACGAACUCUAUAUUAUCAAACUUUUCACAAACUAUCAAAAUAUAUAAAAUUUUCAGACGAUGUUAAAAAGCCAGUUCAAGAAUUAUAUGCCUUAAUAAAUUAUGGGGAAAUGAGACGAAAACUGCAGUUCGUCUCUGAAAAAAAUUAUAUGAAGAUAAAAGAUUUAGUAUAUAAAGGGUAUGCUAUAGCACGAAGUAAAGGUAAAAAUAUUCGAAUUAAAACACCCUCCUGCAAAGCUUUAAGAAGAUUGAAUCAGUUGGAAGAUUGGUUAGAGGAUAUCAAAUUACCACCGAAAGUUGAAGUUCAACUACGACCAGCAACUAUGUCCUCUUUUUUACAAGUUCAGGGUGUGGCUCAAAAUCCUUUAGUAAGAACAAGCGUACCUCUCCAGAAAAAAUUGAUUAAUAUCAUAAAGACUUUUCAAAAUAAGUGGCGCACGAAGGAAACAAAAUUACUUAUUGAAGCAACAAAACUUCAACAGCAAUCAAUUAAUUUACCAAAUAUAUUUGCUAACAAAGCACCUACACAUAAUAUAGACACCAAUUUUUUAUCAAUAAACGAUUCAAACUGUUUAAACCUUAAUAUUAGUGAACCUUUCAUAUGUUUAAGGCCAACGGCGGAAGCAGUAAUUCAUCGUCCAUUAUUGAGUAUUACUGAAGUUUUGAGUAGUUUUAAUGUUUGUCUUAAUUCAUACGAAGAACGGAUCGGCGCCAAAGUUCGAGGUGAAAUUCUUUGUAAUGAAAAAAGUCAUUUGAAGCGUCACCGUAGUGAAAGUAAUUGUGAAAAGAGGAGUCCUGAAAUGAAAAAGUUAAAACAAAAUGAAUUAAACAUAAACGUAGCGGAAAACACAAUUCAAAAACAAAAUAUGACUCAUAUAAAAACCGAUGUUAAAACUGAAACCAAUAUUAAUCUUCAAAACCUAAAUACCUCUGUAAAAGAUGAAUUAAAACCCAUAAGUUCUGGUGACGAAUUGGAAGAAAAUAAUUUGCAGGAAGAUUUUGGCGAACUUUUAUGCGAUAGUAAUGAUGACAGUGAUGUUAAAUUUUCACGCCAAGAUAGUAAUAGUGAUAUAGAAUGCCAUACAUCAACACUAUUGACAAACUCUCAUGAAAAUCUAUCAACUUCUGUAAAUAAUAUUGAUAAAACUUUAUCAUUGACAUCAUCAUUAAACGCAGUAAGCCACAAUAUGAACUGUUCCCUUACUGUUCCUACCAAUGACAGCAACUUUAAUAGUAAUAAUAAUAAUAGUGUAAAUAGUAGUAAUAGCAACAAUAAUAACCCAACUCAUCACAACAAUUCUCAAAGCAGUAAUAAAAUUAAGAAAUCAAAAAAGAAAGAUAGUAGUAUUUCGAAAAAGGAUAUGAGUAAUGUACGACCGUUGGUUAACGAAGAAAUAAUUCGAAGAGUUCGAAAAGGCUGGACCAUUUCAAAUGCAAAUGACAUAACAGUGGGUGAUUUAUAUAUUGUAUUUGGAAGCGAUUCCAAACUAAUUUUUGAAUACUAUUGGACUAAUGAAAAUUUUGAUAAUAAACCUAACGCAAAUAGUUCUACCACUAUUGUGAAUCAUCAAUCAGAUGAGACUAUAUUUAGUACUGGAAUAGUGUCAUAUAAUGGUGCAUCGUUUGCCAAUAAUACUCCAGAGGAACACGAGCAGCAAUUAAAAGCAAUAAAUAAAAUUCAUUCAAGUGGUUUAAGUGAUAAAUUAAAACAACUAUUAGUAAUAGCUAACCUUAGUGAAAGAAUGAAAAAAAAAUCAUGUUAUUGUGGUCAUACUUGUGAUAAAUUUUCUAAAGUUAGAUUGGAAAAUGAACUUGUUAACCGUAGUGUUUUAAAUAAAAACAAUAUGAUUAGUAACAAUGAAACAAAAUCAAAUUCAGUUUUUCGGCAACCAUUGGUGCCAUAUCGAAAAUCAGUAUUUUCAAUAGAUGCAUAUAGGUCUAAGCAAUCAAAAAUGGUUCGGGGUGGAAGUGUAUUAAAAUCUCAGCAUUUGUUUGUUCAGAGAGUUUUACCUGUACAACCAGGAGUAAGCCCAAGAUAUGAUAUCCUCAAAAUGAACACAGUUGAAGAAGGUUUAAAACAAAAAAAUAUAAAACCACUGCCUGAAUCAAAUUGUGUUGGGGAAAAGUUUUCUCAGGUUACACAAAACAAAAAUACAGAAAAAUGUGAGAAUAUACAUAAUUCGUUUCCAACGAAAAUUUUACAAAUACCUCCAGAUCAUUCAAAUGUUACAAAUAAACUUACAUCACCUUUGCAACAAUCUAAAGACAAAAUAGAUGAAACUACAAGAAAUAAAUUUGAUAGCAAUGAUAAUGAAAAUGAUUUAAAAGAUUUUAAAAUAACACAAAUCUGCGAUAACGAAGAUAAGCUCAUUAAAGGUGACACUAAUUUGUCGAUCGGUAGUAUGCCUGAUCUAUCCCCAAUAAUGGAGUUAACAUUACCAUCUCCAAUACACACUCCGAAAUACUUAGAAGAAAAUACAAAUGAUGUGCAAAAUUUUAUCAGUAUUCCCCCAAUGAGUCCGGCAUCAUUAUUACGUGAAGUUAAUAGUUCAGAUUCUUCAAAAUGGCUGGAAGAAAAUAUCAAUGAUUAUUCUUUAAGUAGUCUAUUAGGACAUUUAGAUGAAAUUAAUAAUGGACGAGAUAUAACUAGUAUCGAUAGAUCAAACAUUUCCUCAAACCUGUCAGUAAUUAGUGAAUCGAGUGUUGAUUAUGUAACGAAAUUUGCUGAAAUAGCUGCAUCGAUGCAAAAUGAAGAAAAAGACUUGUAAAACUUGUAACAUUUGAUAAAAAAGGAUUCUUUUUUGUUCAAUUUUUUCAAGUUAAAUGAAAUAUUUUAUUGUGUAAUUAUAUUAACUUUGUUAAAAGAAAGAUAUUUUUUUUAUGAUUGAGAUUUUCUUAUUUGUUUUUUUCGUCACGAGUUUUUGUUAAUCCAGCAUAUUUUUACACGAAUUAAGAAAAUACUUUCAUUACUAUGCGAUUUAAUUUAUUUAAUUUUCUAUAUAUUCAUUUUAAAUUUAGAAUUUUUUUAAUUUUAAAAAUCUAUUAUAUAUAAUAUAUGUACGUUAAAAUCGUUUAAAAAGUUUUUGCUUUAAAAUACGCUUUAUAAU